UGAAGGUAGAGCUUUCACUCUGAGGACACCAGUGGCGGAGACUGUGUGCACGGACGGUGUAUUAAGGCACAGAUUUGGAAGAGGAGUUUCUGUUCUACUCAAGCAACACCAGUUCAGUUGGUGUUGCCAUGGAAACCAUCAAGAGACAUAAUAGCAAGACCAGAGAGGAGGUGUCAAUGCAGCUGGACCUGAAGGCCAGCACCUCUCAAGAGGAGAACCUUACAGAUCAUUACAUCAUACUCAGGACCCUUGGCAAAGGGACUUUUGCUGAGGUGAAGCUGGCCUGCCACCUCCACACAGAGGUGCAGGUUGCCAUCAAGAUCCUGGAAAAUGGUGAGAAUAAUGACCACAACAACAAAACUGAAAUCGACAUUGUGAAGACGCUGGACCACCCAAACAUCAUCAAGGUGUUCCACAUCAUCAACACCGAAGAGUACACCUAUAUGGUGAUGGAGCAUGCUUCUCGGGGAGAUCUGGUGAGCCAUAUUGAGAAAGUGGGCUGUCUGCAGGAGGAGCAGGCCCAGCACAUCUUCACUUAGAUUGUGUGUGCAGAUCUUCCCUUCAGGCAAUAUCCAAGAACAACUUUGAAGGUGUCCCUCCUGAAGGUAAAACUACACCAUCUGCCAGCAGUCUAUCUCAAGGCUGGAAAAGGGUUAAGAAGAGAAUUGGGAACUGGGUGAGACUCCUGUGCUGCUGCCUGCCAGCCUCACGAAGACACCAUGUUUCUGAGAAGGAAGUGGCACCACAGGAAGUGGAG